AUGAUCGCCUCUCGCCGAUUGCUCAGGGCGAUGGAGGCCGAAAGCGCGCACCAGAUGAACUGCAGCUUUCUUCGCAAUGCGAUCGAGAGUAAUUUGGUGGCCCUGCGCACCACCGACGCCUGGCUGCGUGGGGAAGAGGAAGGGGCCGAAGCGAAUGCUAAUGCGCCCUGUAAAGGGUCGGACGCAUCGGUCUGCGAUGGGCUUUCGCCAAGUCAAAAGGAUGAUGUACAGCAUUGGCACCGUACGGUGCGGGAGAUCGGCGACUGGCUCGACAACAACGGUGAGAAUGCCAAUUUGGAGGAGUUGGACAAACAACAACAGCGUAGUGCGAGCCUUAAGAAGGUGAUACUAAAGCUGAUUUCACCAUUGUAUGAGGAGUAG